AUGGCGAACGCUGCCAAGUUAUCUGAGGACACAGCAAACCCACCCAGCCCUGGAUCCCUUCGACAACUACUGACCAGUACGGCUCUUCCAUUCGUCAUUGGCGGUUUCUCUGGUAUGGUUGCGACCACUUUUACUCAACCGAUAGAUAUGGUCAAAGUGCGAAUGCAGCUUGCCGGCGAAGGAGUGAGAGACGCUCCCCGCCCAAAUCCUUUCUCAGUGGCGAGGACUAUCGUUGCCCAAGGAAAGAUUCUAGAUCUCUAUUCAGGUCUAUCAGCUGGUCUACUGCGGCAAUCCAUAUACGCAACUUCGCGUCUUGGAUUCUUUGAUACUUUCAUAAACAUUCUCAAAGAACGGACAAAAAAAAAGGGAACCGAGAUAGGGUUUGGGGAACGCGCUCUUGCUGGUAUUGCUGCUGGGGGUCUGGGGGCUAUGAUUGGGAAUCCCGCUGAUCUCGUUCUUAUUCGUAUGCAAUCUGAUGGAUCGAAACCCAAGGAACAGCGUGCAAAUUAUCGUUCUGUGUUUGAUGCUUUAGCCCGCAUCAGCAAGAAUGAAGGAAUCUCUGCCCUGUGGAAGGGUGCCUAUCCCACAGUUGUCCGUGCUAUGUCCACAAACUUUGGGCAGCUCGCUUUCUUCUCUGAAUCAAAGAACCAAAUUCAACAACAUACAACUCUAUCCCCUCGGACGCAGACCUUCGCGGCCUCUGCUAUUGCUGGCUUCUUCGCUGCCUUCUGCAGUUUGCCAUUCGAUUUUGUAAAGACAAGAUUACAAAAACAAAGAAGAGCGCCAGAUGGGUCGGCUCCUUAUAAAGGCAUGAUGGACUGUUUCGUCAAGGCCGCUAAGAAUGAGGGCUUGCUUCGAUUUUACAGAGGCUUUGGGACGUACCUUUUCAGAAUUGUACCGCAUUCUGUAGUCACACUUAUUGUUGCCGAUUAUAUUUGGUCGUUCGUGGGAUGA